UGGGGGGGGGGGUUGUAGGGGGAAGAAAUUUGGCGUGACAGCUUCGACUGAGGGUACGGUACGCUGGGUCGCUAGCUACGGUAACAUUAAAAUAGCCCAGGGGUUUCCAAAGUCUUUCCACAAAGGGCCGCACACAGAAAAAUUUAGGCAUACGGGGCGGGGCCAUUUUGAUAUUUUUCAUUUUUAAACCAUAACAAAAUAUAUGGAUUUUUUUUUUAAUCCUUAGGGCUCCUGGGCAGCAUAGAGGGUCUCAGUCACUAAAAUGUUAAAAAUAAGUCAAAUUAUUUUUAUUAUUUUUUAUUUAAAGGCCUACUGAAAUGAGAUUUUCUUAUUCAAACGGGGAUAGCAGGUCCAUUCUGUGUCAUACUUGAUCAUUUCGCUAUAUUGCCAUAUUUUUGCUGAAAAGAUUUAGUAGAGAACAUCCAAGAUAAAGUUUGCAACUUUUGGUGGCUAAUAAAAAAAGUCUUGCCUUUACCGGAAGUAGCAGACGAUGUGCGCGUGACGUCACUGGUUGUAGGGCUCCUCACAUCCUCACGUUGUUUAUAAUGUGAGUCUCCAGUAGCGAGAGCUAUUCGGACUGAGAAAGCGACGAUCUCCCCAUUAAUUUGAGCGAGGAUGAAAGAUUUGUGGAUGAGGAAAUUUGGAGUGAAGGACUAGAAGAAAAGUGAUUGCAGUGAGAGCGAUUCAGAUGUUUUUAGACACGUUUACUAGGAUAAUUCUGGGAAAUCCCUUAUCUGCCUAUUCAGUUGCUAGUGUUUUAAUGAGUUAUAAUAGUACCUAAUAGUCGGAGGGGUGUGGCCACGGGUGUGUUGAGGAAAGUCACGAAGCUGCAGCAGGACAGAAGCUCCGCUGAUCUCCGUGUUUCAUGGCAGGAAGAGGAGAUGAAUGACGUCAAAAUAGAACAAAAUGCUACUGAAGGAGAUGAGCCGCCGCUGCCCAAGGCAAGCGUGGAGGCGUCCAAGCGGCGCCACCACUGCUCGCUGUGCGACCGAGACUUCUCGUGUCCGUCCCGCCUGUCCGACCACAUGGCGGCGCACGCCGGUGAGAAGCCGCACGCGUGUCCCGUGUGCGGCAAGCGCUUUAGCAAGAAGGUCAACGUGAAGGCCCACCAGCGGGUACACACGGGCGAGAAGCCGUACUCGUGCCCCGACUGCGGCGUCAGCUACUCGCAGCCGGGCUGCCUGCGCCGCCAUCGCCUGCGCCACGCCCCGGAGAAGCAGCACCUCUGUGGGGUGUGCGGGCGGGGCUUCCUGCAGCGCCGCUACCUGCUGCAGCACCAGCGCUCGCACACGGGCGAGCGACCCUACGCCUGCCCGCACUGCCCCAAGCGCUUCGCCUCUGCUGGCGGCCUGUCGGAACACCGCCACUUGCAUGAGGCGGAGGCCCGUUACUCGUGCCACUUGUGCCGCAAGGUGUUCUCCACGGCAUCGGCCUUCCGCGACCACGCCACGCUUCACACGGGCCGCAAGUCCCACCCCUGCUCGCUGUGCAGCAGGAGCUUCAACAGACCCGGCCUGCUCAGGAAGCACCUGCUCAAACACCUGCAGCUCACCGCGCCGGCUGACGGCGGCGCGGUCUCCAACGGCGAGGAAGUGGACCCCUCGCAGGAACCGCCUGCAUCGCCAGGAAGCGGGAAGAAGAGGAGGAAGAUGCUCCACGUGUGUGACGUGUGUGGGCGGAGCUUCUCCAGACCCUACAAGCUGAAGGAGCACCUGGAGGUUCACGGCGCCCAGAAGCUGCACGACUGCUCGUACUGCGGGAAGUCGUUCGCCAACGCCACCAACCUGAAAGCUCACCUGAAGAUCCACACGCAUGAAAGGCUGCACUCCUGCAGCGUCUGUUCCAAGCGCUUCCUGCGGCCUUACGAGCUGCGCAAGCACAUGAGCAUCCAUGUCCGUCAAAGCCUGUUGGACGCCACCGCCGCAAGCUCCGCCCCCAAACAGCCUGAUAGUCCUGCAGAUGUGCCGGUAGAGACGGCGUCACUUCCUGCAGACGACCUGCAGGGCAAGGAUCUGCCUGGCAACCAUAGCAACGAAGAUGCUGUGAAGGAGGAUGACGACGACGAAGGACCCGUUAGCGGUCUGAUUAAUUCUGAUGGUGAAGAAGAAGACUGGAGCGCUGCUGUCACACCGGAGGGCGGCGCAGAGGUGCAGUCAGACGAGGACAAGCGCAGGCACGUCUGCCCUGUCUGCGCUCGCGACUGCUUCAAGGCGUCUGCGCUGUUAAAGCACCUGCGCAUUCACUCGGGAGAACGUCCCUUCCAGUGCGUCACCUGCAAGAAGAGCUUCACGCAGCAGGUGCACCUCAAGGAGCACCGGCGGAUCCACACGGGCGAGAAGCCGUUUUUGUGCAAGCAGUGUGACAAGAGCUUCACCUUCUCCAGCGCUCUGCGCCGCCACCAGCGGCUGCACGCUGACACGCGACCCUAUGCAUGCAGCGACUGCCCCAAGACCUUCAAGCAGCCCAGCGCCCUCAAGAGCCACCAGCUCGUCCACUCGGACGUGCGCCAUCAGUGUCCCGUGUGUAACAAGAGCUUCACCCGCACGCUGGAACUCCGCUACCACGUGGACGUGCACGCUGCCGGCCGCCCGUACAUGUGCCGCAUCUGCAUGAAGGACCUGAGCGGCGCCCGAGCUUUCCGCAAGCACAUGAAGCGGCACCAGGCCGCCAGCUCGCCGCCUCAGACGAGCACUCCCGCUUCGCUAGGCUAACCAAAUGAUGAUGUUGUCAUAGCAAUAGCACCACACAAAUAAAACACUUGCUCAGCA